GGUGAUUGAGAGGGAAGCAGAGGAUCUGCUGCUCACGGUGCGACGCGUCGGAAAAACCAAAACAACUGGAGGAAAAUGACUCGUUUCACGUGGCUUGGGGCGCUGACAGCAUGUCUGCUCCUGGCUGUGGGAUGUGUUGCACAGAAAGUGUACUUUGACUGUGGUGCCAAGGUGGAUGUAUUGGAUGUCCAGGGUCUCAUUCUGUCUCCUGGUUUCCCCUACAACUACUCGUCUGGGACUCAUUGUGUUUGGCAGUUUGUUGUUCCAGUUGAUUACCAGCUUGUUCUGGAAAUAUUUGACUUCGACGUGUUUGAAAGCCAUGACUCUGAAGCUCAGUACUCUGCUUUCUCUAACUUUGAAGAGGAAGCCGAGGAAACGACUACCAGUUUACCAGCUGAUGAAAGCUUGUCGCAAGAUGCAAGGCCUACACAUCAAAGUGCAAGAGAUAUCUCAAAGACUCAACGUUCUUUCCAAGAUGGCGUCCUCAGUCAAGUUGUGGUCCAGGAGCAGUCUACAAAAAUGGAGAUUGCAGAAGUCUCAAGUUCUGCUAAAAGGUCUGCAGAUCCAUCCUCAAGUCAGACCUCAUCACCCCCUACUUCCCUUCUUCUCCUCCCUGGUGCUAUAGCUUCUGCAGACAAGGUCACCAACUCCGUCUUUGUCCCCUCUUUAAAUGGAGAUUUCCGUACUGAUUCGAAUCAAAACACAAUUAUGGAAGAGACCACCUUUGGUUCACAACCCUUCACUGAUACUCCUGCUGUGAGCCCUGAAACUCAACAAUCCAUACUUGACGCCUGUCCCCAUGACGUCCUUUACAUCUCGGACCUCAUCACCUUUUCCUCUAGGUUCUGUGGGUCCAACCGGCCUCCCAGCAGCCAGCUGGUUUUUGGCUCAAGCCAUGAGAUGGUGGAGGUCAUCAUGGAGCUCAUCACCACCACCCACUGGGGACGUGGAUUUGCUCUUCUCUUCCACUACCACAACCUGACUGAGCUGGGAGGUAAUCAGCGAGCCAUGUCCCCGUCAGACAGAAAGGUGGACUCCCUCCUCGCUGCUGUGAGCGGAGCUGCCUUCUUCACUCUGAUACUUAUGAGUGUUCUCUGCAUCAUUUUCAGACCCAAACUGUGUCCAAAAAGAGCCAGUUCCUCCACCUCCGGCAACUCUGAGAUUGCAGAGGGAGCCCAGAGCACAGCUGCAGAGUUCAGUGAGCUUCAGCUGAUGGCUGAGAAUCAGGCUGUUCUACAGACGCCUAUGGAGACGGACGACAGCAGCCAGCCACAUGCAGUCACUGCUGACGGUGAUGGAUCCCAGAAUGUAGAAGCCGAUCUUUCCUGCAGCGGUUUGACUGAACUUGAUCUUGGUGCAGAUGAAGUUUUCAUUGCAUCAUCAGCUGGCAGCCCAAACCGGCUACCUUUUUAUCCUCAGGCUCAGCGAGAGAGGUUUCUACGACACAGUGACACCGGCCCCAGCCCUUCAUGCGACUGGCCCUCAGUAGAUGCUAACACCUCCCCCACUGGUGGAAGAUCUGUUAAAGGAGGCAGCUGCUCAAGGCCGAGAGCAUGGAGUGUACGCACCUUCCAGGACUUCCUCCCUCCGCUGCCGCAGCUUCACAAAAAGUGGUGCAGUUGGAACUCCACCAGUCCCUUUACCAAGCUGGUGGACGCCCCAUCCAGUUUGGUCCCUGAUUGCAGAGGAGGCGACAGCAGGAAGGUGUUCUCUGAUGCUCACCUGGAGGCUCAGGCAGACACCAGUAUCAUCUCUGACUCCUCCAUCAGCAACGCUUCCUAUCCCCUCACACAGCCUGCACAAAGGCAGCGCCGCCUCAACUCCACCAGCAACCUGCGUCGCUCCAGAUUCACAGGCGCUUGUUUCGGCCUUCUCUCCGAGACAAAAGAUCCGCUGAAGGGAAGCGGCAUCCCCCCAGGCUGCCCCUCAGACCCCAGCCCUGGCUCCUCUUCAUGUCACAUUGAGAGCAGGGCGGCUGGAAAAAGGCAGGAUUUUCCAGGUGAGGAUGAGCACAUCAGCGUGCCAGUGUUCGCCAUCACUGAGGAAGAGGACAGGCAGCCACUGGUCUCAGCUCAACACCUGGAGCAGGCCUUUGCCCCGCCUGUGCAGAACGGACUGGUCAGAGCCAAAUAUGAGAAUAACAGGCCUCCUACAGGGAGCAUCAGCCCCAAGAGGGUCAGGCCAGAGUGGAGGCCAUGGGGGAGUCAGGUAUCAGGAGGGGCUUUUACUGAGACAGAUUCACUUCAUAACAGCCAGCCCUGUUCUGUGACAAACCACAUGUGACAAGAUGCCAAUGUGCAGAGACUGAGCCGACCAGAUCUGGAUUUCUGAACAUUAGUGGCACUGCACAAAUAUAUCCAUAAACAACUCAACGUUUCCAAAUGCAUCAUACCCCAUAGUCUCCUGUUGGUCAGUUUUGUUGUUUUUUUCCAAGUCGCUUAAUCGCAAAGAAAAAACUACCAAGGCAAGGACUUUUUACAAGCAGGAACAACAUUCCUUUAUAACCUUUAGCUACUAUAUUUCAGCUGCUGCAAUUUAUCUGUUGAUUUACGCUGUGGAGGGGAGCAAAUUUCUGUCUCCAUGUGUUUUUUUUCUGAUCAAUUUAACGAUUAUAGAGUUGCUUUUAUCCACAAGUAUUAUGUAGGACAUAGCCAAUCCCUUUAUAUAACUACUGUAUCAGUUUAUGUAAACUCCUAAGAUUUAUUCUGGAUUAUGAAAGGGAAAUUAAAAUACCAUAUUAAGUAAGAAUAGUGACCAAUAUGUAGAACAGACACUAGCACUUAAAAAGGAGUUGUUUAUAUAUAAAUAAAAGUUUAAUAAACAUGCUGCUGCUAACAUGUUCUUAAUUGGGCAAAAAUAUAACUUCUCUGGGAUUUUCUCUCAAGACUCCUUAGAAAACCCAUCUCAGGUGACUACCUUAUGGAUUUUGAGGAAACGCCAAGCUGUAUGAAGGCAAAGGAUGGCUCUUCCCGUUUAUUCGCUUUAUCUUUACGUUAAUUUGGAUGUUUCUCUCAAAAAUAAAGAAAACCAAUACAAGAGAAAGUGUCAAACUUCUGACCAGUAGUUCUAAGAUGUUUGUUGGUGUAAUAUAGCAAAGAAAAAAAAAAUAGAGUGAAAAUAAAGUCACAAGGAAUACAUUAAACAGCCCUGCAUGUUUCAAAUGUCUCCUCCAAAGUAAAUGAUUGGAUUACAACCAAAAGGUAAUUUAAAUCAGGUUGAAUCAGUAAAAAUGAAUUACAAUCAUAGGGUUGACCGUAAAAUAGAACCUUUUAUAAUGAAGGAAAAAUAAAAAAAACCAACCCAGACUUUGAGAUUUACACAUUUUAAUAUAUUUAAAUGAAAACAGCAUACAAUUCAAAUUUUUUUUGUUGUACUGCCAAUACAACAGAACAGAAAACAUUCCUCAAAGCCCCACGCCUAAUCUCUGCAUAUUUCUAACAAUCUAGGAUUGAACUAUUAGUUGAUUAUAAUCGUCAUUCAUUCUUAAAAUAGUGCA